AAGAUGGCGGCGGAGCGACAGGACUCACUGAGGGAGUUCGUGGCGGUGACGGGCGCCGAGGAGGAACGGGCCCGCUUCUUCCUGGAGUCGGCCGGCUGGGACCUGCAGAUCGCCCUAGCAAGCUUUUAUGAGGAUGGAGGGGACGAAGACAUUGUGACCAUUUCGCAGGCAACCCCCAGUUCAGUAUCCAGAGGCACAGCCCCCAGCGAUAAUAGGGUGACAUCCUUCAGAGACCUUAUUCAUGACCAAGACGAGAACGAGGAGGAUGAGGAGGGUCAGAGGUUUUAUGCCGGGGGCUCAGAGAGAAGUGGACAGCAGAUUGUUGGCCCUCCCAGGAAGAAAAGUCCCAACGAGCUGGUGGACGAUCUCUUUAAAGGUGCCAAAGAACAUGGAGCCGUAGCUGUGGAGCGAGUGACCAAGAGCCCUGGAGAGACCAGUAAACCAAGAGUUCAUGUAGUGUUGAAGCUCUGGAAGAGUGGAUUCAGCCUGGAUAAUGGUGAACUCAGAAGCUACCAAGACCCAUCCAAUGCCCAGUUUCUGGAGUCUAUCCGCAGAGGAGAGGUGCCAGCAGAGCUGCGGAGGUUAGCUCACGGUGGGCAGGUGAACUUGGACAUGGAGGACCAUCGGGACGAGGAUUUUGUGAAGCCCAAGGGAGCCUUCAGAGCCUUCACUGGUGAGGGUCAGAAACUGGGCAGCACUGCACCCCCGGUGUUGAAUACCAGCUCUCCAGCCCAACAGGCAGAAAAUGAGGCCAAAGCCAGCUCUUCCAUCUCAGUCGAUGAGUUGCAGCCUACCACAAACAUCCAAAUACGGCUUGCUGAUGGCGGGAGGCUGGUGCAGAAAUUUAACCACAGCCACAGGAUCAGCGACAUCCGACUCUUCAUUGUGGACGCCCGGCCGGCCAUGGCUGCCACCAGCUUUGUCCUCAUGACCACCUUCCCAAACAAAGAGCUGGCUGACGAGAGCCAGACCCUGAAGGAAGCCAACCUGCUCAAUGCUGUCAUCGUGCAGCGGUUAACAUAACUGCCUGGCCCAGCCAGCAGCCUCGUCUCCUUCCUGUGUCCCCGACGGCCAGCUGCCCCGUGGAGACCACCCCUCCACCCCCUCCCGCACACCCUGCAGUCCAGUGCCACGUCUCCUCCAUAGCUCUGCGUUCUUAGAUCUCAGUUGGACAUUUGUUUUCUCCUUAGUUGCAUUUCCUGGGUUUUUGUGACGAUCAAUGGACUUUAAAGAAAAAAAUAAAAACAACCAAAAAAAUGGAAUAUCACCAGCAUGUUAUACAGAACCUCUCCCACUGAGGCAGGCUUUGAUUAUCUUAAAAUCAUAUUUAUGUCUAAGGUGUGUGGGGAGGAGUUUUCCAUCCCCUCUGCGUAAAAAUUGCAUGUGGCACACAACACCCACCCACUAGCGUGUCCCCCCGCUGCCCCCAGGAUGACUAGUGGAGGAUUUCCCCUGUGGAGGGAAGGGAGUGGAGGGACUUACAGAAAAAGGCUUUUGCAGCCACUCACUUCCACAAGAACAGAUCUCUUGCCUGGAUAAAACUGAGUAGCAACAAGAGUACCCUGAAGCAUGAGGUCAGAUCCAGAGGCGCACA